CGUUGCCUCUUUCUCAUUUCACUCGUCUCCUUCUCCCUCUAUGCUCUCUUGCCUAACUAAUUUCUUGAUCCAUCUUCAAGAAUUUCCUUUAUAUAUAUUCACACCCUCCAUGAGUGUUACUUAUUUGUAGGUAGCCCACCAAAAUGAAGGAUUUGCCACCUGGUUUUCGCUUCUACCCUACAGAAGAAGAGCUUGUCUCUUUCUAUCUCCACAACAAGCUUGAAGGCAGGAGGCCUGAACUCAAUCUUGUCAUGGACAGGAUUAUACCUGUUCUUGAUAUCUACGAGUUCAAUCCCUGGCAACUUUCUCAAUAUGCUGGAGACCUGUCCGGUAGAGAUCCAGAGCAGUGGUUUUUCUUCAUUCCGAGGCAAGAGAGCGAAGCUCGAGGAGGAAGACCAAACAGGCUUACGGCUGACGGAUACUGGAAAGCUACAGGAUCUCCUGGUCAUGUUUAUUCUAACCAUCGCAGCAUCGGCGUGAAAAGAACUAUGGUUUUCUAUAGAGGAAGGGCUCCUAAUGGACGCAAAACCGAUUGGAAAAUGAACGAGUACAAAGCUAUUCAAGGAGAAUCGUCUUCUUCCUCAUCCACUGUUGCAACACUAACGUUGAGGCAUGAAUUCAGCCUGUGUCGGGUGUACAAGAAAUCAAAAAGCUUGCGUGCAUUUGAUAGACGGCCAUUGGGUUUGGGAGUUGAGAUCAGCGAGAUGAGAGCUCAUCAACCAGCUGCUAUUCAAGGUGAUGUGGCAACAGCAUCUCUUCGAAACCCUCCAAUGGCGGAGAUAUCAAACUCACCUGAGAUCAGUUCAUCCUCAGAAGACCAUGCUGCAAUUCCACCUCAAACAGGAGAAAGUAGCAGCAUCCCAAUGCCCAUAGAUAGCCAACCUUCGUGGGAAUGGGAUCUAUUGGACUGGUAUUAUGGAGAACAGAAUUAAUUCGCCCCUCAAAUCUCAUAGUGCAUGCCAUGCAAUACGGGAGAGUAGUGCUCGUAGCUGCUCAAGAACUCUAGUGGGAUUUAAAUUUAAACCUAAUUAUUCAUGUACUCUGUAUUUGUAUCCUGCAUAUAUAGGAUUGAAGUAAAUUGAACCUUAAUUAAAAAUAAUAUAGUAUAAGCUUUAACUCGAUAGUAUUAGGGUCGCGAGUUCUAAUAAGAGUCAUUAAAAAAAAAAAAAAGUGUAUAAUAAUUAGUAGGUCUCUCGAGGGUUGUAUUCUUUGGCCUGAAAGAUUGGGUCGACACUAACCUUGAAGCCCUGCAAACGGUGGAGCUUGGUUAUCAAUUAGGGUUUGUCAUUCCCACAUGCAAAAGAAGAUAUGAUUCUCUUUCUCAUGAAUCAAGUAAAUGUUGAUAAGGUAUGUCUUUCUAAUGCUGGAAUAUGAGUCUUUCUUCCCUCU